AUGGCCUCGGAGAAGUACUUCCACCAUGUAUCAACACGCGAUGCGUAUAACCGCGAGGCCAAACCUGAAGGUGAUUGGCUCGAAAGCCUCAACAAGCUUGGCGCCAGCAAAUGGGGCCGUCCGCAGCUGGCAGCCUUGCGGGUGCUCGUCGUUGAAAAGGAUGCGAGCCUUCUUCCAUCCCUUAACAAGGAUAAUGACUUUCUUCAGGCUUCAUCGAUCCUACGGUUCGACGGAGCUUCGGAGUCUGAAUUCCAACAAGAGGAUGCAGACAGUAGAGAAUCAAUCCAUGCGCUAUUUAAGUUGGUCAAAGGCCCAUCAUCCGAUGACCAUGUCACUCGCAGUGUGCGGACAGAGUAUGCCCUCCGCCGCGACCCCCUCGGCAGUGUAUGGGCUGCGUUGAACCGUCUUUGCGUGUCUGGCCAGACUGAUGAUUACAUCAAUACACGAGACGAUGAGGGCGACGUGCAGGAAGCCGACGAGGCCUCAGUAAUGAGCAGUUCUCCACCUGUCGGCAUCACAGGUCUAAAACGUGAACCUUCACUUCCGCCAUUACCAGAAGAACGUCCGAAACGGCAAGCAACUCAAGCACCGUUGGCACCCAUGUACAAUCGAGAAGAGUUGACUGAGGCUAUUGGGAUACCAACCUCGCCGUCCGGGAAAUUUCCAUCUUCGCAAUCAUACGUCCCCCAGGAAGAAGCCGUCAGGUCGCAACUAAGACCUGAAGAACUGACUCAUCGGUUUGCAAGCGAGUUCAUCCGGCAUGUCCUUCAACAUCUCCCACAGCACCAGUGGUCCGAUUUGGAUGACUUUGCUGUCGACUUCGAUGACCAUAAGCUUCAAUUGGACUGUCGCAUUCAGCAAAACGCCUACAGGUCUAUUGAUGAUGGAGGAUUAUCCCUUGUCCAGGACUUUUCCGGACGCUUGGGUCGUGUCGCAAUAAUCGAGACGAAGCGACACCUUGGUGAGAUAUCGAAUGGCGAGCCGAAACUAUCAGAUGAACGGUUCGCCCAGAUGAUAGGACAAGCGGUAUCGAUGCGGCUGGUGCAAGGGGCGUGGGUAGGGCCACGAGAUACCAUCUUCAUCAUUACCGCCGCACGGUAUUACAUGCGGUUCUUGGAGGUGCAUAUCACCGAAGACUACGUUGACCAGCUUGAAGUAAGCGAGGAUCACCAGAGAGCAGCUGCAGAGUUCAUUGAGGUGAACGCAACUAAAUGGUUUGACCUUCGCAGUGAAAGGCCUCGAAACCAUGCUGUUAUUAAUAUUGCCGGCAUUGUCAGCCAAGCCUUCAAGGCGUUGACAAGCUGA